ACGAAUAAUUGCUAAACGAAUAAUAAUCAAUAAAUUCUGUAUUCAAAAACCUUCCGCAAUGAAAAUUGUUCAUGAAGACCUAAUAACCCAUGUCCAGCAUCGGCAUGCCAGUGUGAACACAGUAUAUCACUGUCUUUAUGGUUUCUAUUUCUUGGGAAUGGAUCGAGCUUCUUUGGCCAAAAUAUACGGCAAGUCAAAAUCCAUCGUGUGCAAGUGGAUUCACCAGUAUGAACGGGAUGGAUCUUUUGCUCGGAAGCAACGGAAGGUGGUUUACAGACGAUUUGGUGUAGCCCAGCGGCAGUGGCUAUUAGAUUUGUAUUACUACGAACCUGUUCUCUUCAUCGAUGAAGCACGAGAUCGCUUCCAGAAACGUUUCAAUGCUACAAUCAGUGCUGCUUCCAUUAUCCGGAUACUUCAUACGGCAGGACUCACUUGGAAGAAAAUCGAGAGGCGAGCUAUACAGAUUCGGAAAGUGGAUAUUCUGAAGUACGCCGAUGAGCUGGAUUCCAUCAACUGGGAAUUUCAUCAAUUGGUUUUUCUGGAUGAAGUUUCGUUUGACUCCAGAGACAUGCUUCGGAGCCAUGGGUAUGGUGUCAAAGGACAGAAAGUUCUCUAUCGUGGAGAAUUUAAUCGGAGGCCACGUGAAUCCUAUCUUUGCUUCUUGGGUCAAACGGGUAUGCUGGAGUCAUACAGAACCGAGGGUACAUUUACUCGGAAAAAGUUUUUUGAGUGCAUUGUAAAGUUUGCUAUUGAGAGUCGAAAGGUAGAAACGUAUCCUGGACACCAUUCCAUAUGGAUUAUGGAUGGUGCCAGAAUUCAUUGUGACAAAAACAUCAUAUUGUACCUUCGAUCAAUGGGAAUUUUACCUGUAUUUUUGCCCGCAUAUUGCCCUAUGUUCAAUCCCAUCGAAAUUAUAUUUGGUUUGUGUAAAAAACACAUGAAGCGUAACUAUAUUGAAAAUAGUAAAAAACCACUUUCUAUCACAAUCACCGAAACAUUUGCAAAAUUCAGGAAUUAUUCGUGCACAAAUUUGUUCCAUAAAUGUGGUUACAUCACUGGUGGUCAUUUCGAUCCAAAUAUAGGUUUGAGCCAUUCAAUGGAAGACUUUUAAUUUGAGCGA